AAACUCACCGUAAAUCACUUCUCGACAUUACAAAUGAAAGUGUAUUUGAAAUUCAUGUCUAAUAUAAUAUAGGUGAUAGGUGAUAUGGCAUAGAAGAGGGUGGGCGCACAUUGUGUUGUAUAGCCGGUGGCUACCAGUAACAAUCAAGGGAUUAGGUCUCCAAUAGCAACCUAGCAUUGAAAUUGACUGCGGCGCGGUCUUAGGAAUAACGCGUGUUGCACCUAUUCCCCAUUUCUCUUUGGACACCGGUUCACUUUGUUUCAUUCUACUUUAAAAAUAAAUUCAUUCUACAAGAUUGCAAUUUUUUUGCCGAGAAUAAUUCAAUUUAAUAAAUAAACAAUAUCCAGUUUUGAGACAUAGAGCCAAUAGUCAGUUAACAAGUCGAGAGGAAAAUAUGAAAAAAUCAUUUUUACAUAUACAAUGAGUCGCAUGACGGCUGAUGGAUCCUUAUCUCUGACUACUCAAUGGCGAAAUAUUGAGAAUAACGAUUUUCAGUCAUCGCGGGUCAGAUUGUAACGCUUUGCAAACACGUGCACGUGGAUUCUCCAAGCGUUAUUAUAUAUAGUAGCUAUAUAUACUCCAAGUACAUAAUACAAACGUCUAACAUGAAUAAUCGUUGAUAAAUCUAUUCGUGUGAAGCACCCAUCACGAACAAGAAUUUUUUUCACUUCUAUAACAAUGAGAAAUAAUAUAAAAAUUAAAAGUAAAUGUCAAUUAUUCUUUUCUAUUUCCAUUUUUUGAUUCCUCAAUGUAAUAUAUCUAAACUGUACUAUAAAAAAUCACUUUCACUUUUCUAUUUGAAAGAGGAAGAAGAAUAUUUUUUAAAUUGAGCGCGAAAAGAGAAACAAUAAAUUAAUGCCAUUAGUGGGAAUGUUAAUACUUCAUGUGUUGACCUUGUCGUGCUCUCGGCUAUUAGGAUAGGGGUUUUUUUUUUUUUUUUUUUUUUUAAUUUAAAUCGUUAGCCAGUUGUUGUGACCCAGUGGUUGCCAUAGUAUCUCAGUGACCUGGUCAAUCUAUAGCCACGUGGUCAGUAACCAAUACCAUUAGAUUCGAUCAUCUCCUCAUAGGCGAAAUGUUUUGAGUACGAGUAGAGAUUUUAAAUUUCGAAUGGGCGAGAUUUUGAAAUACUAAUUUGAUAAUAGGUUUAGCCAUUGAAUUUUUUCUAGUUGAUUGAAUUAAAGGCGAAAGGGAAUAUUUUUCAUAAAAUUAAUGGGAGAAUUGAAGCAUGUGGUAAAAAAAAUUAGAAUGCAUGGGCAAUGCCAAUGUAUGACAAGGAACUCACCCUGAGGCAGUUUGAUGAGGUGUCACUGACAGUGGAAUGGAUACAAAGACACCACUGAUACCGUUGAAGUAUCAGGAGAAAAGACACUAUACAAAACAAGAGCCGAUUACUGAAGAUUUGUCUUUACCACCUCUAACACAGCCCUUGAAUGCUACACGUAAAAAAGUAAAUGGUGAAAAAAAGCAGGUGAAGAAUUUGGAUUCACAGUGGACGAAUGGUGGACUGUAUAUGACUAAAAAUUCAGACGAUAAAUCGAAAAAACUACACAGAGUACUCCAUAUUGGUGCAACACCACUGAUGCACGCUUGCCAGCAGGGUGAUAGAUCCCGAGUACUUAGACUCCUCAAAGAACAAGAGGAUACCGUGCAUUAUCGUGAUCGAACUCUGAGAAACGCACUGCAUUACUGCAUGGAUGCAAGUACUUGUGGUGCUGUUGCUUCCGCAGCACCACAACUUGUUAAUGCACCAGAUGCCGAAGGACAUUCACCACUUCAUUUGGCAGUCAUUGCUGGGGACACGCAGCUGGUUGCUGUAUUACUUGCCAAUGGUGCCGAUGUCAAUGCCAAUGAUCUUGAGGGACAUAGUGUUUUACAUUGGGCAACGGUAUGUGGAGAGGCUGAGUGUGUACGUUUAGUAUUAGCGGCAGGCGCAAGGCCAUCAACGCCAGAUUUACGAGGAGGUUCACCACUUCAUUACGCAGCACAAUGUUGUGGUGCUGCAGUUACCGCAGAGCUAUCUGUACCUAAAAAAGUGGGUUUGAAUGUAUUGCAUACUUUAUUGGAAUUCGGAGCUGAUGUCAAUGCUAAGGAUGAAGAUGGCCGUCAGCCGAUUUUGUGGGCAGCGAGUGCUGGUAGUGUUGAAGCUGUUUUAGCCCUUGUAAGAGCUGGAGGUUCAGCAGCCGCCGGUGCCACUGACAAAGAUGGUCUUACUGCUCUCCAUUGUGCUGCAUCACGUGGUCAUGCUAGAUGCGUCGAGGCAUUGGUAAAUCUUUGUGGUUCACAACCAGAUCAUGUUGAUGAUAAUGGCUGUUCUGCACUCCACUAUGCCGCAACACUUGGUCAUGCCGAUGCAACUGCACUCCUUUUACGCCUCGGAGCUAAUCCAAAUCGACAAGAUCGCAAGGGCAGAACGCCUGCGCUCUGUGCAGCUGCAAAAGGUCAGUUGGAAACUCUCAAGAUUCUUGCUCAGCACGGGGGUUCCCUGCAUGCCAGAACUAUUCGAGGAACUGGCGUUGCCCACGAAGCAGUUCUAUCAAGUCGUAUUGAACUGAUACAGUGGCUGGCGAAAAAAAAACCUAGCACCCUGGAUGUGGCAACCAAUGAUGGACGAACGCCUCUGCACGUUGCCGCCCUCCAUGGUUACUUGGAUAUUUGCAAAGUACUUUUAGAUCAUGGAGCAAGAACAAAUGCCGUUUUUCAAACACUCAAGAGUGGAUCAAUGACGGCACUGGAUGCCGCAUUGUACAGAGGGCAUCGAGAUUGUGCUAAAUUGAUUCAAAUGCAUGGUGGUAUAACCGCUCAUCACGUUUGGACACAUCGAAUGCCACCAAAUAGAGUUUUUGCGGCAAAAGUUAAAAUUGAACGAGCUAAUUCGAGUUCUCUCAGCGACAGCGACUCUAGUCGUAAUCAUAAUAAUAAUAAUAAUAAUAAUAAUAAUAAUAAUAAUCAUCAUCAUCAUCAUCAUCAUCAUGAUCAAGCAGCCAAUGUGUAUAUUGAGGAACGUUGGAUUAAAAAGCGAACUCGUAAACAUAAUAGUACACCAAAAAAACAUGAACAACGUCGAGGUAGUAGGAGCUUUAGUGAGGAAGAGGUACGAUUUUCAAAAGACUCGUGCCGUGAACGACGCAGACGCGCCAAGAGCGAGUCAUCCAGAUAUGAGGGGGGUUCAAUCAGUGUAGAAACCACAUGCAGAAAAAAGUACUCACAGCAUGAAUACAGUGAAUCAUCAACUGAUGAUCAAAGCUCUGACGAUGCAGAUCGUGAUAGACAAACUUCUCGGACAAAACGGAUCAGUAGUUUGUCAGGGGAACCAAGUCUCAGCGAUGAUAGUUUAGAAGUUAUUGUUGUUAAAAAAUCAGUGGAAAAGAAAUUGGAAAGAGUCGAAUACUCUGAUGGAAAAUUAAAAAAACCACGAGGAAAAUGCCGAGAAACAAGAGUUAAAGAAAGUGAAAGUCGACGUUCACGAAUAAAAUGUAAAAGUGAUAAAUUGAAAUCAAGACCCAGCGAUAAAGAUAUAAGAAGAACAACCAUAAAUGAUCUAGAUGAAGGGGAGAUAAAAAAUUCAGACUCUUCUAUGAAACAAUCGGCAAGGGAAUUUGAUAAAAAAAUGAAGAAAGAUGUAAUGGAUAGCACAAGUCAGGAAACUGUCGAACGUGUGACCGUAACGGCAAUAGUUCAUAAAGAUCAAUCACCGGAUACUCCAAUAAUUGGUACUCAUAGUAAAAUUCAAAAAGAUACACAAGACUCUGUGAUAAGCGAAAAUACAGUGAAUAUGAAUUAUAUCUUGGAGAAAGCGGAUGAGAUGCAGAAUGCGCUGAUGACAAAAGUAGCAGAUAUGAAGAGAGACGUUGAAGAUAUUCGGCGACAAGUUAAUGAAGAGAGCCUAUUGAGUGAAAAUAGCAAAGAUGAUUCCCCGUUAAAAGGUAGGGAAGAGGGAGGGACGGAUGAUAUUGUGAGCUAUCCACCAGACUCCCCACAAGAAUUUUUACAGAAUCAUCCAGCGGAGGACAAUGCCACCAGCGAAGAAUCAUCUCUGGGCAGCGAUAAGCAUGAUGAUAAUUCAAUGGUUAAUGAACAUCCUGUUCAAGUCCUGACCUCUUCAACUAAAUUUAACAAUAUUGUAGGGGAAAAUCAAUCAAUAUGUAUUGACAACUCAUCAAGUGUCACAUCGCCAAAGGCAACAAGCAAUUCAGAAGAAAAUAUUCACAAAAUAUUUAAUGAAAAUAAUGAUGGUAAGAAAAAAAAUGAACGAGAUCAAGUUGAUUAUGAAGAACUUACUGUUGAAGUCAGUGGGAAAGAUGAGGUAUGUCAAACGAUUGACAAACGAUCGACCCCAUCCAAAAAUAUGAAUAGGUUAAUUGAUUCACCACCUUCCACGGCUAAAAGCAACACUCUCAAUAAAACCGCCAAAGAGCUUUCACCUGACCGCAGUGCAAUUGUUGCAGUUAUUGAUAGUCCCGAGUGGGACGAAGAAGACGAACAAGUUGCCAAAGAAAUUCAAAAUGUAGUUGAAAAUAAUGAUGAAGUUGAGACUGAAUUGGAAAAUAACAAUGAAGACGAUGAUUUAGCAGUUUUGAGAGUUUUACCAAGUACAAGUGAAGAAGAAACACCGAGAGAGUCAAUAAAAGCUAGGUUGAAAAAAUGUAAAUUAGAUGUAGUGUCUCAUGUGGAAAGAAGAAUAGGCGCAAUGAGUCCUAAACGAUUGAGUAGAGAUAGAAAACAGCGUCGAGAUAGUGGAGGACGGGAUAGUGGUAUUGAACCGAGUCCCCGUGUUUCAAAGAUUCCAAAACCAACUCUAAAACGCUAUCCCAAUAGUGAAAAACAGCGUACAUUAAAUAUGAAAACAAUUCAACGGGAUGUUCAGAUUAAUUUACGGCGAUAUCAUCUUGAAAGAAAAAUAUUCUUUCAACUUAUGGAAUUGAAAAGACUCCAAAUCCAACAUGGAAGGGCCAAUGAACAUAUUUUAAUAAAACGACAGGUGGACAAUUUCCAUAAAUCUGGAAUGUCUGGUCCAAUUCUGGGAGUAGCUCGAUAUAAUCAGCCAUUGACAUUCAGAGAUUUUGAAGGAUAUCUAUAUGAACAAUUGCGACGUUUGCAGAGAAGACCAGCAACGCCAGAUUGGUGUACUGAAGCUAAGCAAUGUACUCAAAAAACACAUCGUUGUCAUCAUGCUACUAGUGCUUACACAUCUCUACCGAUGUAUACAUAUCUGGAUGGAGGAGACCAAGAACGAGAGGGAAGCACUAUUCUUCCGAGGAUAGAGACUCGGGGGAAGGGUCGAAUGACGGUUGAAGUUAGCAAGGGUGAAGCGAAACAGGUGAUUGCAUUGCCAGCGGAGAAACUGGAUCGCACAAAGCGCUACUUCAUCACAUUUACCGUUAAAGGUGAAGCACAAAAUGGUAAUGAUGUACUCGAUACUCCACAUAACGCACAUAGAAAUACUAAAAGCGGAUAAAUACUGCCAUAACUUUGACUAAAAUGCCUUGCCAUCUAUUCAAUUAACUUAAUUAUUAUGAUUAUACGUAUGUAAAAAAUUGUCAUGCAAGCACAAGUGGUUCAAGGUCCUCCUACACUUGUGUAGAGAUUUGGCAUCAGAUAUAAUUGUUCGUUAUAUAUUAAUUGGUGAAAAUAUAUCUUUGUGUUUCAUUGUAAUGAAAAAAAUAUUGAAUAAAUAUGUAGAGAAGACCA